AUGGGUGAUGAAAAGGAUUCUUGGAAAGUGAAAACUUUAGAUGAAAUUCUUCAGGAAAAAAAACGAAGGAAGGAGCAGGAAGAGAAGGCAGAGAUAAAACGUAUGAAAAAUUCAGAUGACAGGGAUUCAAAGCGGGACUCUCUGGAAGAGGGGGAGCUGAGGGAUCAUCGGAUGGAAAUAACAAUCAGAAAUUCACCUUACAGGAGAGAAGACUCUAUGGAAGACAGAGGUGAAGAAGAUGAUUCCUUGGCUAUUAAACCCCCACAGCAGAUGUCACGGAAGGAGAAAACCCAUCACAGGAAGGACGAGAAGAGGAAAGAGAAGCGGCGACAUCGCAGCCACUCAGCAGAAGGUGGGAAACAUGCCAGAGUGAAAGAGAAAGAACGGGAGCAUGAGCGUAGGAAGAGGCAUAGAGAAGAGCAGGAUAAAGCCCGUCGUGAGUGGGAGAGACAGAAACGGAGAGAAAUGGCAAGGGAGCAUUCCAGGAGGGAGAGAGAUCGUCUGGAGCAACUGGAGCGAGAACGAGAGAGGAAAAUCAGAGAGCAGCAAAAAGAGCAAAGGGAGCAGAAAGAGCGAGAGAGGCGAGCUGAGGAGAGGCGUAAGGAGAGGGAGGCCAGGAGGGAAGUUUCUGCACACCAUAGAACAGUGAGGGAAGAAUAUGGAGACAAAGUAAAAAUGAGACCCUGGAGUCGCAGCCCAUUACGACAGCAGAGAGACAAGCUUGAGCAAGGAGAUAGCAGGAAACCAGGUAGCAUUUGCCACUUUACAAUGUCUUUGCCUGGGGCAGUAAAAGAAGAGAAACCAGAGGAGAGAGACCCUCUUUCAGACUUGCAAGAUAUCAGUGACAGCGAGAGAAAAACCAGCUCAGCAGAGUCUUCAUCAGAAUCUGGGUCAGGCUCAGAAGAAGAGGAGGAAGAAUCUAGCAGUGAAGGUUCUGAGGAAGAGGGAGAGGAAGAGGAGGAGGAGGAGGAAACAGGAAGCAAUUCUGAGGAAGUGUCUGAGCAGUCAGCUGAAGAGGUGAGCGAAGAAGAAAUGAGUGAAGAGGAGGAACGGGAGAAUGGAAACCACAUCCCAGUUGUUACAGAGUCGAGGUUUGACCGCGAUUCGGCAGGAAGCGAGCUGGAGGAGGAGGAGGUGGGGGAGAGCAGCCCUCACUCCAAUGCCAUGACAGAGGGGGACUACAUUCCUGACUCACCAGCUUCCUCCCCCAUCGAGCCCAAGCAGGAGCUUCCCAAGUAUCUUCCUGCACUUCAGGGGUGUCGUAGCGUGGAGGAAUUUCAGUGUUUGAACAGGAUUGAAGAAGGAACAUACGGUGUAGUGUACAGAGCAAAAGACAAGAAGACUGAUGAAAUCGUGGCUCUGAAGCGACUGAAAAUGGAAAAGGAGAAGGAAGGCUUUCCCAUCACUUCUCUGAGGGAAAUAAACACCAUUCUGAAAGCACAGCAUCUCAAUAUUGUCACUGUCAGAGAAAUUGUUGUAGGUAGUAAUAUGGAUAAAAUCUAUAUUGUGAUGAACUAUGUAGAACACGACCUCAAGAGUCUGAUGGAAACCAUGAAGCAGCCAUUUCUGCCAGGUGAAGUGAAGACCUUGAUGAUUCAGUUACUGAGAGGAGUCAAGCAUCUGCACGACAACUGGAUACUCCACCGAGACCUGAAAACCUCCAACCUGUUGCUCAGCCAUUCAGGCAUUCUGAAAGUUGGAGAUUUUGGGCUAGCUCGAGAAUAUGGAUCUCCACUGAAGCCCUACACACCAGUGGUGGUGACACUUUGGUACAGGGCUCCAGAGCUGUUGCUUGGAGCUAAGGAAUAUUCGACAGCCAUAGACAUGUGGUCUGUCGGGUGUAUAUUUGGAGAGCUGUUAACGCAGAAACCGCUGUUUCCAGGGAAGUCAGAGAUCGACCAGAUUAACAAAGUCUUUAAGGAUCUGGGUACCCCGAGUGAAAAGAUCUGGCCUGGUUACAACGAGCUGCCAGCAGUGAAGAAGAUGACGUUCACCGAGUACCCCUACAACAACCUGCGGAAGCGAUUCGGGGCGCUCCUCUCAGACCAGGGCUUCGACCUGAUGAACAACUUUCUGACAUACUACCCAGCCAGAAGAAUUACUGCUGAGGAUGGUUUGAAGCACGAGUAUUUCCGAGAGACUCCCCUGCCUAUUGACCCCUCCAUGUUUCCCACCUGGCCAGCAAAAAGUGAACAGCAAAGGGUCAAACGUGGCACCAGCCCACGCCCCCCCGAGGGGGGCCUUGGAUACAGCCAGCUGGGUGAUGAUGAUCUGAAGGACACAGGUUUUCAUCUGACCACCACCAACCAAGGAGCGUCUGCUGCAGGACCUGGCUUCAGCCUCAAGUUUUAAACUCAAGGUCAA